AUGUCGACAUUACUUCCAUUCCUCUACCGUACAAGGACCUUGCAGUGCGCAACAUCAAAGACGCCCCUUGCCCUGACCUCGCUGCGAUGUUUUCACGCCAGUAGCCUUCGCCAAAACCGACGUUCGCAAGAUCGAAACCUCGAUACCAUUCCCUUCGAGUGGGCGGGAGAGCCCGCAAAAGAACCUCCUAGGUACGAAGGCAACCUCGAAAGCCAAGAUGGCACCCGUCGGGAGCGAAACAAGCGUCAUGCCUCGACCAUUACACCAACCGAGAAGCGAGCCUUCAACGACAUAUUCGCCGACCUAGCCAAGCGCAGUCGUAAUGGCGCCCUGUUUCCGGGUCUCGGUUCCGAUGCACCGCAGGACAGUCAAGACCGAACAAUGCGAGCUUUGCGAGAAGCUCUGGGGACGCAAAACCAACAUAUGUCUUCCGCAUCGGCCGACGCCGACACCCCUGAGUGGAUGCUCAAGUACCCUGCUUCGCUGCGCCGGUCAGUGCGUGCUGCAUUGGGCCACCAGACCAGAGUCCAAGAAGACGUUGCAGCAGAUGAAAUCAAACCAGUCGAGGUUGACCCUCUCGUUCAAGAGCAACUGGCAGCGCAAAAAGAGGCCCGUGAAGCCGAAAUUGAGCGAUUCGACUCGCUGGUCAAGGAGUGUCGCACUGAUCUGGACGUCUGGAACGUUCUGAACCGCGAGGUCUUCUCCAUGAUCGACAAGCUAGGCGUCGCAGAUGUCUCUAAUAUAGCGGUCGAAGAGACGCAAGAGAAGCUCGACAUGAACCUCUAUGGCCCUCUAUACUCCCAGCACCUUCUCCGGGCUCUGAAAGCCCUUGAUACGGAGUUCGCCCGAUCGUCGCCCCUCGUCUUCAACCUUCUGCCCCGUGUUCGCGAGCUAGGCUUCGCCUCGUACGUCCUUGGCGCUACGACCAGCUUUUUUAACGAACUGGCCACCGUUUACUGGCGUCGCAACGGCGACGUCCGCGGUGUCAUUGGCCUCCUUCAAGAAAUGCAGCACGCCGGCCUGAGCUUUGACAAAGGAACGCUCGAACUUGUCAAAGCCAUCGAGGCCUCGUUGGAUAGCAUGGCCAGCGAGUCACAGGGGCCCUUCACGCAGGUGCUAGCCACGAUGCCUGACUACAGCUUCGAUGUCCGUGCCCAGCUGACUAGCUUGGUGAACAAAAUUACCCCCGCUGUGAGGGACGACCGAUCUUGA